AUGCGCUCUCCGUUCUUAUUGGCCCUGGCGGCUACGUCCGCCCUUGCAGUAAAAUCAAGCACAUUGUUCAAUUUCACCAGUGGCAUCGACGUCGAGAACAGUGAAUUACGGCCCAAUGGACACCUACUUCUCACCACUUUUGAGAAAGGCCGUCUCUAUACACUCAAUCCAUACGCGAAAGUUCCCAAAGCGGAGCUCGUCGCCUCGCUUCCGGGUGCUACUGCCCUAUGUGGCAUCACAACAAUCGCCUACGACAAGUACGCUGUUAUAGGCGGUGUUCGCGGUAGCUACCACUACGACAACGAGACAAUCUACACAGUCGACUUCAGUCAAGAUGCCUCGCAACCAAUUAUUCAGAAAGCCGCCCAUCUCCCCGAUGCAAUCAUGCUUAACGGCAUGGCUGCACUACCCAAACAGCCUCACGUCGUUCUAGCCGGAGACGCAGUUCUCGGCGUCUUAUUCCGCGUGGACACAACAACCGGAGCGUACAAGGUCGCAUUUAACAACACCGCACUAGUCUCUCCCUCGACUUCAUCACUGCCAAUCGGGGUCAACGGACUGAAGAUCGUCGGUAACUAUGUUUACUUCACGAAUAGCGCAGGCGGUACCUUCUGUAAGGUUCCCGUAAGUGAUGAUGGAGAGACAUUCGGUGAUGUGGAGGUCAUUACUACUAUGGAUACCAGCAUUGGGGACUGGGAUGACUUUAUUGUGGCUUCUAAUGGCGUUAGCUAUCUUGCUCAGCCUACCUUAGGUAUUGCGCAGGUAUUCCCGAAUGGAAGCCACAGCAUCUAUGCAAGUGGUAUCUCAUCGGCUUCUUCAAUCCAGAUCUCGAAAGAGGGAUAUGCGUAUGUGACGCAGGGUAGUGGUUUGAUUGAUACAUUCAAGCUUCCGCUGAACACGACGGUGGCAGAGGGCGAGUUCUGA